GCGGCUCGACGCGCACGCGCCCGCGCACGCAUGAAGACCGAAGACCAAACCAGCGAGGAGGCGGCGCGCCGCGCGCCCGCCACGCGCAGGCAAGAAAAGCCACCCUUCUCUUACAUAGCUCUAAUAGUUAUGGCGAUACGUCACUCGCCCAACAAACGACUCACCCUCAGCGAAAUAUAUGCCUUCCUACAACAACAGUUUCCCUUCUUUCGAAGUUCCUACCAAGGCUGGAAGAAUUCAGUUCGACACAACCUCAGUCUAAAUGAAUGCUUCGUCAAACUUCCAAAAGGCUUAGGCAGACCGGGUAAAGGGCAUUACUGGACAAUAGACCCUUCGACCGAAUUCAUGUUCGAGGAAGGUUCAUUCAGACGGCGGCCGCGUGGGUUCCGGCGCAAGUGUCAGGCACUGAAGCCGCAGUUCGGCAGCGGCAGCUACCUGUGCGGGGGCGGGGUGGCCGCGCUGCCGCCCUCACAGCCGACGAGCUACGAACUGGCAGGUGGCAGUGGCUCGAACGCCGGCGGAUCAACCGCCAUAGACUACGGAGCCUGUGCGUACUCCCACGCGAGCUCCGGUGGUCAGCAGCUGACGUACGGGGGAGAUUACUGCUCAUAUGGGGGGAUGGGGGAGCGCGAGUGGCCACUGGCGUAUAGCGCGGUGGAUCCGACUUACCGGCCGCCGCCGUCGUCGCCGCCUUCUCGCCACGACUUGCCUGACAUCUUACCGAACUAUCAGUAUGCCGUCGCUAAUGAACAUGGUGCGGCGCCGAUGUUUGCAGGAAUGCGCGGCGUUCAUCAACAGAUGCUAUCAGGCGGUACGCUGACAGCGACAUCUAUCAGCGGCCUCGGUAGCUUCGGGCAUCAUCUCACCACAUCCCUGCCGACCCUGCCGCCGGACCGCAAGCCAUCUACCCCACUCUCGGGCCUAGGUCCUCCGCCCACCUCUUUACCACCGCCUGUCCCACCUCCUUCAACAUCAACCACUGUACACUCAUACUAUGAUCACAUGAUAUGAUCACAUCACAAAUUUCGUGCCGUGAUUUUAUUCAAUCAAUUGAUAUUGACCGUAGAAAUCUCGAAUAAUUUCGGAUUUGUCAAGACUUUGACAAUUAAGAUAUCUUAUUGUAAUGCAGAAACUUUGGAGAUGG